UUUUGGGAGCUGAAGCUUAUGCAAGAAUCAUGUCUGGACGUGGAAAAGGAGGCAAAGGACUCGGCAAGGGAGGCGCCAAGCGUCAUCGCAAGGUUCUGCGUGACAACAUCCAGGGUAUCACCAAGCCUGCCAUCCGCCGUCUUGCUCGCCGUGGUGGUGUCAAGCGUAUCUCUGGUCUGAUUUACGAGGAGACUCGUGGUGUCCUGAAGGUGUUCCUCGAGAAUGUCAUCCGUGAUGCCGUCACCUACUGCGAGCACGCCAAGAGAAAGACCGUCACCGCCAUGGAUGUGGUCUACGCUCUGAAACGCCAGGGCCGUACUCUGUACGGAUUCGGCGGUUAAACAGCGACGCCUAUCAACAAAACAAACGGCUCUUUUCAGAGCCACCACAGUGUCUAAAAAGAGAUUGAUUUCUUUUGCCUGUCUUUAUACUAUCAAGGGGUUUCUCUGUCGGCAUGUCCUAAUGAGUGAGGACAAAAGUUUUCAACUGACUGUCGAUUCCCAAAUCGGCUUAUUUCAAAUAGUAGGCCUAGCCUACUUAUGAGAUUUCACAUACGUUGGGGGUCGAGUACACAUAUUUAACAAGAACAUUCAUAAAGAAUGGAAAUGCAAACAAACAAGCGUAACACAAAUUGCAGAUCCUAUUUCCUCCAUUCUAGUCUUCCCUCAAUUUUCCUCUUUCAGAACUAAACGGGAAAAGUGCGAGUACAAUUAGCACAGAGGGAAAAUCUUUCCAAAAAACAACUAAUAGCAGGUGAAUGCUCACUCAUUCCCCAUUCAGAUGUAGGGACAUGCGUGUGCUAUUCCCGUGAUAUUUUGUCAAUGGUUUACGAAUGUACAUGUACUGAUCGGCCAUCAUGAUCUCUUAUGUUUUGGUUCAUCUCAAUUUUGGGCGUUCUCCAAUUCUUGAAUGCCUAUUCCCCUCUUCUUUUGUGAAUGCUGGAACUCCCAUGGCAAACCACAUACACGUACAUGUAAUUUCAUGUGACUGUAAGACCCUCAUCUUUUAUUAUCAUCAAAAUGUGCUCCCAAUGGAAUCAAACUGAUUUGAAUUGGCCAGCUCAAACAGCGAUAUGGCUUGAACUAAAUCAAUUUCAUCAAUGGCGUGAUUCCGUUAAAAAAAUUCAGGCCGGCGACAAUAAGUGGGGGACGGGGACAGCUUGUAUCAUUUAGCCCCCUUCCACACACUUUUGUUGCCAAAUACAAAUUGUACGCUUACAUUUGAUUCUACAGCUCAUGAUGACGAAAUAAAGUCUUGCAAAUUUGGAAAUGAUGCCCCCAAAUACUAAAAACAAUUGGGUAAAGUGAUAAGAAAUUGCCUCAGAUCUCAACACAAAGCAUCUUGAAGCCAAACUUUUUCAGGGCCAUCCCAGUGGACAUCCCAGGGCUAUGCACUUGGUUUUGCUCUAGGCCCCCCCCCCACUU